UAAAUUAACCAGAAUCAUCAUAAUCAGGAGUUUAUAAAGCCAUCACAUCAUCAUCUGAACUUUCAUCCCCCAAUAUUCUGGCAUUUAGCAAUAACAACUUUGGCAAUCGUAACAGACCUAAAACACUAUAAAUCUGGAUAUUAAAUUAAGUAAAUUAUCAAGUUUUUAUCUUUGUGCAAAGCUUUAAACAUCCUCAGACCACACCUCAACAGUUUAUGAUUUGAAAUCAUUGAGCUAUUAAAGAAGUUGUGAUGUAUAGUAUAGUGUAUUUUUCUGAAAGAUGAAGAAACACUUUCAUAAAUGCAUAGUGUUGUUAACUCUCUCUCACUCUUUGCAUUUUCAUCCACAGGCAUCCAGAAGUACCCAGGACACAGGAGAGUCUCACAUCUAAAGUAACUGAGCAAUAAUUCUGGAUUCAAUCCCAGUUUUCUGAAAACAAAAAAUGUGGACUUUACAGCUUUUAAUGUGGCUUGUCCUAACAACUCAUACUGUCCAUGAUGCGCUUUAAUUUCAUGUCAAUACCUUUUUUUUUUUUUUUACAUUUUUGUCACUUGAUAAAUUGUGUAAUUUAUUUUGGAAAUGUACAUACAAAAACAUUUUUUAAAUAUACUGAACGUAUGUGUUCUUUUAAAUCUAAUUUAUACAUAUGUAACCUGAUAAAUUAGGCACAUCUAAUAAUGUAGGUUGCAUCACUCAGGUACUUUUUUUAAAAUAUAAGUCUGUUACAAGCUCUUUUUCCAAAGUCUUUGAGUCUGGGAAAUAAAAAUGAAAUCCAAAACACAGAACAGUUUAGACCGAUUUAUAGUUUGAAUGUUUGCCCGUAAGUUGCUGGGAAAUUUAGCCUGCAUUAGUGUGUGGCCGCAAAACUAACGCAUUUUUUGCAUCUGAGUACAUUUAAAUGAGCUGUUUAUUCUGCGAAUUUGCAUUCUAUUUGUUUCAAAACUGAUCUUAGAUAAGGUCAGUUAUUAUGGUCCUCUGGAAUGGUAGCACCGCUGUAACAUUUUUUUAACGCAUAUCUCAUAUUUUACAUUGAAGCUGUUUAUUUCUUGUUUACAUCUCUUUCCUUAUAUGAAUUCUUCAAAGCUGUAUUUUUAAAUGUCUUUUUUAGGUUCACAAAAAUAAAUGUAAUUCUAAUAUUGCUAAUUGGGUCAAAAGCAUUUCUUACUGCGUGGUUGAGAAGAUACAGAGGAAAUGGGAGACGUUCCCCUUUUCCUUCCUGUUUAUUUGAGAUCAGCGUCAUGAAAAAAACUGGAAGGCUUAGAAAGGGACUGCUCAUUUCAAGGAGCAAUUAAACCAUAAAGAGUAACUACAUUUAGAAAUCUCAUUUGUAAUUAAGGUCCGAGUUGAACGCUUUUUCUAUCUAUAUUUUUUAUCAUCCAUGAACCCCUAGGGCCACAUUUUUGCAUUGCACUGUAAGAAAUUUGAUUAUUUAUGAGAUACAAGAUGUUUUCAGGAAAUAAAAAAGAUACCAUUUUGUAAUUGAGGAAAAGUAUGUAAACAAUUUAUGCCUCUGAAUAUGGGUGUUGAACCAUUUAGCGAGCAGUUAAUCAAUACAAAAGCAACUGGGAGCGGGCUUAGAUCCUCUCUGCUCCAUAGGAUCAUCAGAAAAGAUCAAUAGAUGGAAGGAACACAUUCAGCAGAGAAGGAGAGUGGAAAAUGCAGGUCCAGAAGGUGGUGAUAAAAUAGUUCUUCCCAGAUUGAGUGAGGGUGAAAGCAGGAACAGACAGAAAGAGAAACUGUUUCAGAGAAAAAGGGAGGGGACCAGGAGAAAAUGAGAAGGAAAUAGGGAUAACUCACUUAGCACACAAGGCAACGUUGCUGAUAAGAAGCAUAUUCAUCUGUUUCCACCAUCACACCCCAGCAUUAAUCCAUCGCCACCUCUGGAUCAAACUGAAGAUGAUGACCCCUAGUGCACCAGUAAUUUUAAUUUCUCUUUCCACAAUGGAAUCCUAUUCUUCCAAUGAGUCCACUACCAACACCACUUCCCGUGCAUCUGUUGGUUUAGAGAUGUCCUGCUUCACCAUGAUAUUUGGAGCAAUCUCCAACCUCACCGCUCUGGGAAUCCUGGCUCGGUCCCGUGGCAGAUUCCGCCGCCAAUCAAAAAAAUCUUUUCUCCUACUUACAGUGGCUUUACUUUUGGCUGACCUGUUAGGGCAUGUGAUCUUAGGUGCUUUUGCACUGCAUGUGCACCUAAAUAUAAAAUAUAAAAUCUUAAAACGGGGAGCAGGCUUCUGUAAUGUCUUUGGAGCAAGUAUGGUGUUUUUUGGCCUAUGUUCAUUGUUGCUUGGUUGUGCAAUGGCAGUGGAACGCUGGGUGGCAAUCACCCGGCCAUUUUUUCAUGAUUCUAUGAUUACAGUUGCUCACGCUCAGUCUGUGGUGCUAUUUUUGUCAUCCUUUGCACUAGUGCUGGCUAUAUUACCCUUUUUUUCUGUAGGAUACUAUACUACCCAAGAUUCUAACACUUGGUGUUUUUUUCCUAUUCAUAACUCUGAGUUACCAGCUGACAAAAUCCUAGUUUUGGUCUUUUCCUGUCUGGGUCUCUUUGCUCUAUUUUUUUCCUUGUUGUGCAACAUCGUGAGUGGUCUGGCACUGCUGCAUGCAAGAAUAAAGUCAAGAUAUGGAAAUACGACACCUUCAUCCUGCAGUGGUCGUCGUGCAUCAUCAGCAUCAUCCACUUCCUUCUUUUGCUCGUUGGAUGUGGAGAUGAUGGUGCAACUUGCAGCAGUUACUGUGGUGUCUUGUGUCUGCUGGGGCCCCUUUCUGAUCCACAUUUUCAUCAAGCAGUUCAAGUGGGAUCUCCAUAACACAAAAGACCCAUUUACUCUUUUGACAUUACGCAUGGCUGCCUGGAAUCAGAUUUUAGACCCCUGGGUUUACAUCUUACUUCGAAGGAAGGUCCUGUCAAGCCUUUGCUGUGGUCGCUAUUCUCAAGGCACAACAUCCAUCAACUCCUUCUCAGAGAGCCGCAGACCUACCUUUACUCUGCAGUGAACCUGGCCCCCCUGACCCCUUUUCAUUUUGGACUGGCAUCUUAAGUUAUCUGCUUUUAACCACGUAUCAGUUAUAUAAAGUUUUAAAGUAUAAUUUUGUUGUUAUUUUUCAUCAUAGCUUAACAUUGCAUAGUUUGCAUGCCCAGAGCCACGCAGCUUGGAGUCAAUAGGUGAUGGGAGAGAGCUCAAGCUGCAUUUCACAACAUUUAGUUAGUAGUCUGGACCGGCGUUCUGAUGAUU